GUGGAAGGGAGUGAGGGCGCAGCCAAAGCUGUGCGCCACUGGCAAAUUAGUUAUCUUAGAAAGAAGAAGACAAUCCUCCCAGAAAGGAAUUUGCGACGUCUGCAAGUUUGCACUCAUUUAACAAAAUCGGACCUAUCGCCAAAUCUAAAAUGCUGUAACACUGGACUUGCAUAGUAAACUUGGGUUCAAAGUCAAAACAAACAACGACUGAGCUAGUUAAUUUAGCAAGCUAGCUUUUGCUAACUACAGGCAUCACUUCAAUGGUAGUUAGUUUUGGAGCAAGAAGGCAAUGCUAACUACUUUGCUAACUCUCAGGCUAAUUGAGCGCACAAGCUAGGUUAGUUUCCAGAUAAGUGGACUGGGCUGCACUGAUCAACUGGCACAAUGACAGAAAAUCUGUAACAAUCGUUUUUUUUAUUUUACAAGUGUGGAAGCCUUCGCGUAUUAGCUUUGGCAAACAUAUCGGACUGAGCGGCACUCUAACUUUUAACGUGGGGGAAACAUAAUGAAGACUUGCAACUUCGAUGUUGUUCUUAGCGAUGCCCGUCUCAUCUAGAUCAGCUAACGCCAUGCUAGCCAGUUAGCUUGCUUACAGUUAGCUGCUGCUGCUGCACUUUAGCUAACUAGGCUGGUGUGUAGCAGUAAAGGGAAAGUGUGUACAGAGGUUUCUGUUUUCAGGAGAAAGUGUCACUGUGUGUCUGAGAAAGAAAGACGAUUAACCCAUUGUGUCAUUACACUCGUAUAUAUACUUUUCCGAGAGGACAAUGAUGGCAACGGAGGAUGGUAGUGAAGAGCCUGAACCUGCUUCGGUCGUGACACGGAUAGAUGGCGCAGGAGGUAUGGAGACGACCCGUUUUCCCCUGUGUCCGAAGCCGAGGGCACGGAUGUCAGACGUGGGCCCAACUUUAUCCCUGAACACUAACGUCAGCUUUUCCACAGCCAUAUCACCUGAACAUUCCCCUGAGCUGACGCUGUAUUCUGUAGUCGCCGGGGAUCUGAAAUCGGGAUCAGUCAUAUCCGCCGCAGCAGGGAGUGGCAAUGCCAGUGGGCACGUUGUUUUGGGGGCUUUUUCGGGAGAGAGGGGUCGAGUAUUAGACUCAGGGGGAGUAGGCAGCCCGGACGGCUGUCAUACCGCUCCGUCUUUCCCGCCACCCCCGCCACCUCCUGUCUGUGGAGCAUUGGGAACAGUCGAGGAGGGUGAUGCUCUGGACGGCGACGAUGAGGAGGUGGUUUUCCCACUCACGGCACCGCCUCCUAAUCAAUGGUAUCACGGUAAACUGGACCGGACCAUGGCAGAGGAGCGCCUGCAUCAGGCCAGGACUCCAGGCAGCUACCUGAUCAGAGAGAGCGACCGCCGACCAGGCUCCUUCGUCCUGUCUUUCCUCAGCAUGACCAGCGUGGUCAACCACUUCAGGAUCAUAGCCAUGUGUGGAGACUACUACAUCGGUGGGCGGAGAUUCUCCUCCCUGUCGGAUCUUAUUGGUUACUACAGCCGUGUCUCCUGUCUGCUCAAAGGAGAGAAACUCAAGUCACCAGUACCUCCUCCAGAGCCUGUUGAGGAUCGGAGAAGAGUGCGAGCGAUCCUUCCAUACACCAAAGUGCCUGAAACAGACGAGAUCAGUUUCCUUAAGGGAGACAUGUUUAUCGUUCAUAAUGAACUGGAGGACGGCUGGCUGUGGGCGACCAACGUGCGCACAGAGGAGCAGGGCCUUAUUGUGGAGGACCUGGUGAAGGAGGUGGGAAGAGAGGAGGACCCGCACGAGGGGAAAGUCUGGUAUCAUGGCAAGAUCAGUAAGAAGGAGGCAUACAACCUUCUGAUGACAGUGGGACAGGUGUGCAGCUUCCUGGUGCGGCCGUCGGACAGCACACCGGGAGACUACUCGCUUUUUUUCCGCACCAGUGAAAACAUCCAGCGCUUCAAAAUCUGCCCCACACCAAACAACCAGUUUAUGAUGGGGGGGCGGUAUUAUAACAGCGUCGAUGACAUCAUCGAGCACUAUCGUAAAGAGCAGAUUGUCGAGGGCUACAACCUGAGAGACGCUGUGUCAGUCCAGCAUCAGGAACAGGUCCUGUCUGACACUGUGGACGGUAAAGAAAUCUACAACACUAUUCGCAGAAAGACGAAAGAUGCAUUCUACAAAAACAUCGUGAAAAAGGGUUACCUCCUGUUCAGUAAAGGAAAAGGCAAGCGAUGGAAGAGCCUGUAUUUCAUCCUGGAGGGAAACGACUCGCAGCUCAUUUACUUUGAGAGCGAGAAAAGAGCCACAAAACCGAAGGGUCUGAUCGACCUGAGCGUGUGCUCAGUCUACGGCGUUCACGACAGUCUGUUUGGCAGGCCAAACUGUUUCCAGAUCGUUGUUCAGCACUUUAGUGAAGAGCAGUGCAUCUUCUACUUUGCAGGGGAGACCCCUGAACAAGCCCAGGACUGGAUGAAGUGUGUCCAGAGCUUCUGCAGUAACCUGCGCAAGUCCACACAGCCUUCAUCCAACAAGCGUCUGCGCCAGGUCAGCAGUUUACUGCUCAACGUGGAGGAGGCUCAUAAUCUGCCCAGCAAGCAUUUCACCAACGCCUACUGCAACAUCUACCUGAACAGUGUGCAGGUGGCCCGGACCCACCCCAGGGAGGGCCAGAACCCUGUGUGGGCCGAGGAGUUCAUCUUUGAUGACCUGUCAAGCGAGAUCAAUCGAUUUGAGAUCAGUUUGAGCAACAAGACGAAAAAGAGCAAAGAGAAUGACAUCUUGUUUAUGCGGUGUCAGCUGUGUCGACUCCAGAGGGGCCAGAUGAUUGAUGAAUGGUUUACUCUGAGUCCUCAUGUUCAUCUGAAGGGCACGGAGGCCGGCUCCCUGCGAGUGAGAGCACGGUACUCCAUGGAGAAGAUCAUGCCUGAGGAGGUGUACAGUGAGUUCAAAGAGCUGAUCCUGCUGAAGGAGUUCCAUGUGAUCAGCGCGUUGGCAAACGUGUGUGGACAGGACCGCUCUCUCUUGGCCGGUAUCCUGCUCCGCAUCUUCAGACACGAGAGGCAGGAGGCCCAGCUCCUCCGGGCACUGAAUGACAGGGAGAUCAGCGUGGAGGACGAGGCGACGACUCUGUUCCGAGCGACGACGCUGGCGAGCACUCUGAUGGAACAGUACAUGAAGGCCACGGCCACGCCCUUCGUUCAUCACGCCCUCAAAGACACCAUCCUAAAGAUCAUGGACUGCAAACAGUCCUGUGAGCUGAACCCCUCCAAACUGGAGAAGAAUGAAGAUGUGAAUGUGAACCUGGCUCAUCUGCUGAGCAUCGUGUCUGAGCUGGUGGAGAGAAUCUUCAUGGCUGCUGAGAUCCUGCCUCCGACACUGAGGUUCAUCUAUGGAUGUUUACAGAAAUCUGUGCAACAGAAAUGGCCCCAAAACAGCACCAUGAGAACCCGCGUGGUCAGUGGCUUUGUCUUCCUGAGACUCAUCUGUCCCGCUAUUGUCAACCCACGAAUGUUUAACAUCAUUGCUGAUCCACCAUCUCCCACAGCAUCCCGCACCCUCACGCUGGUGGCCAAGGCAGUCCAGAACCUGGCCAACCUGGUGGAGUUUGGUGCCAAGGAGCCGUAUAUGGAGGGAGUGAACCCAUUCAUUAAGAGUAACAAAGACAGAAUGAUCAUGUUCCUAGAUGAACUGGGGAAUGUUCCAGAACUUCCCGACACUACGGAGCACUUUAGGACUGACCUGGCGCGCGACCUGGCAGCGCUGCAUGAGCUGUGUGUCAGUCACUCCGAUGACCUCCGCAUGCAGAGCAACGAGAGGGGCCCACAGCAGCACAUCCUGAAAAAGCUCCUGGCAAUCACAGAGCUCCUCCAGCAGACGCAGAUGCAGUUCACAGUGCCCAACAGCAACAGAUAGACACUUCAAUGCCCAACCCAAACACAGAGUGUUUUCACUUCUCAACUAACAGAUAAAGUUUUCACUGAUUGUGAAAAUUCAGCCAGGACAACUCAGACCUGCCAAAAACUGCUGUCUCUCGGAACCAGUGGUGGAUGUUGUGUGUAACCACGGCAACACUGCAUUAAAGCCAUAAGAGGGGUCAUUAUUCAGUUUAUGAUUGUUUUGAUUGUUCUGGAAACAGAAUUCUUAAUUUGCCAAAGUGUAUCCUGUUUGUGUGAUUGGUCAUUUGAAAUGUGGGCGGGGUCUAGAGGGCAGUGAGUAUCUUCCCCUCUGACGUGUCCGUGGACAUAGGGCUGUCAGUACUGUUUUUGACUGAUCUUUCUCUCACUAUAACAGUAUACAAACACCCAAGUGCUCAAACCAAGAUUGGCCAUUAACUGUGUGUUGUUUUAUAUUGCUGUCUUAUAUAGGAAAGUUGUAUCUCACAGAAGACGAUAUUUUUUAUCAAAACAAUUCUCUUGCUGGAAUCAUGAGUUUAAAGAAAAUGCAACCCUGAUGAAUUGUGAGAUGUUUUGUUUAUGAUCUUCCUUUUCGACUGUCGUACCUGACAAUAUGCAGAAACACAGAUGCAGCGUUUUAAAUGGAGAUUAUUUUAUCAGGAAUGU